AUGUCGACUUCGCCGCUCACCAAUCUCCCUCCGGAGCUGCUGGACCAUAUCAUCGCCCACAUCGACUCGGCACGUCCGAUUGCCAAUCUAGGAGCAACGGGCAAGAAACUGCGCGCCUUCGUCGAGGAGCGUGCCUGGCGCACUUUCACCGCCCAUCGCUUCCCUACUCUGGCACCCAAUCCCCCGCUCAAUCCUGCGCUGCCUUACAGCGAUGUGGCCAGGUCUCUGACAACUCUGUCCCAAGCCUGGGAUCGGAGAGCCUUCGUUGCGAGGUACAUCGAGCCUAGUGGCAACAUCCGUCUCCUCCCGCAAAAUCAGACGACCGAUCGAUGGAGGAAGCCGCGCGGCCAGACGAUCGGCUUCACCCCGCAAUUGGACUGUUUCGAGGAGGUCGUCGGGUCUUCGUGGUCGGCGAGAAACGAAACUCUCGCCUUCAGUGCUGGCGCUGGCGCUUGUAUCCGUGAGCAGACACGCGGCAAAGACGGCGGAGACCACGUUCAGUGGAUCGUAUAUCGUCCGCAGGGUGCAUUGGAGGGCAUCGAUGAUGUCACCAGCCUGCAUUUGCUCCAUCCGAACGGACGUGAAGAGCCGAGUCGUGCGGCACUCGGCGUCAUCGUAGGCACGGCAAAUGGCAAUCUGCAACUAUUGGACCUGUCCAGCAACGAUGGAAACAACGGCGUCAUGACUCGUUUUGUCACCGAUGGCCGGCCCGUACGCUCGAGCAGUGUGAUACAGCAACCCAACAAACCGAGAUUGCUGGCUGCCAACAUUGGAGAGGCUCGCGUGUCACUGUACCACGUCGACCCAGCACGGCCGCGAACCGCCCCGCUUGAUUCGAUUGACAUUCCACGCCAGAACGGCCAGAGGACUUUGAGGGGUUGGUCGUCGAGCUUCCUAUCAUACGACCAUCUGGCUGUCGGCCUGGGCCCAAGCGAGCGGCCCAUACAGAUCUACACCGUCCACCCUAGUGGUAUGAAAAAGGAACCCUUGCGCAAGUUAAGCCUAUCCCACGCUGCAGAGUACAAGGCGGAUGAUAUUUCAUCACCAGACUCCAUGAAGAACCCGACGUCGUCCAUCUAUCCAAUCGUAUCCCUUCCAAUGGCAACACACUCGAUGGCCGGCAGUGUCGAGGGACAGAUCUUUCUCUCAGGCGCCUACGAUGGUGUCAUCCGCCUCCACGACUUGCGGUCUGACCGAGAUGUCGAGCAAACGUACACCGACCCAACUGACGAGAGCGCCAUCUACUCUCUGCUACCCCGCGGGCGCGAAUCACUGAUGGCGGGUACAAGCAGGCAUAGCCUUCUGAAAGUAUUUGACCUGAGACUGGGGGCAAAGGCGUACUCUUACCAGGAUGCUGCCAAUCCCAGGACGGUCGACCGGGGUAAAUCUUGCGAUUGGAACCUCUUCCUCAAACCACACAGCGCGACUUACCCUGGACGCGGCGGAGGAAACAACUGGGCUCGCCGCAGCGCGGAAUCCAGCGUCUACAGCCUUGCAUCGCCAUCGCCGUCCAGUCCGUUUAUCUACGCAGGCGUGGAGAACGCAGUGGUGGAGCUAGCAUUCAUGUCUGUGCUCGACUCGCAUCCCGACCCGGUCUUUGGCACAAGAUUUGUUGACGGGAGGUCCAAUCGGCUCGCGAGUGGCCUACGUCCGAAGGAGAUCUUCGACCUCGCAAUGUACGAUCAAACCGCGGAGAUGAUGAAGCUCAAGACGCAGCGGAGCCUUUGGGAGACAUUCCGAGUGCAAGGAUCCCCAUCGAAUUCCUUCAUUGGUGCACUGCCUGGGUUAGACGAGCGAUGGAAAGUGGUAUCCUCGUGA